UUUCUCAGUUGGGACCAAUAUGGCGCCCUCGCCGACCCCUUCUGGAAGCGUCUAACGGAAAGAAGGGCGCAAGUUAGACUGGAAGAGACCACUAAACGGAACUCCGACACACAUCCUAUUCGCAGUGUCCAUGGCGCGGCAGCGAGAGCAGAACGAGACUUACCGGCAUAUUUUGUCAAUGUCAAAAGUACUUCAAGGAGAAAACCAUACCCAGGACACCUUGCAUAUCAAUCUCGAUAAUGACAGCCCAAGGAAAAGAAAUUGGGGAUUGUUUGUCACAGGCAUUGUUGGUGGGACAUUGGUGGUACUAUAUGCUGUUGUCACUCCAUUCAUAACUCCAGCACUGAGAAAAAUUUGCCUACCUUUUGUACCUGCAACUUCAACUCAGAUUGAAAAUGUUUUGAAAAUGUUACAACACAGAAGUGGAUCCCUAGUUGACAUAGGUAGCGGUGAUGGACGUAUAGUGAUAGCAGCUGCAAAAGAAGGCUUCAAAGCUGUUGGCUAUGAAUUAAAUCCCUGGCUAGUCUGGUACUCCAGAUACUGUGCCUGGAGGGAAGGGAUGCAUCAUAAUACCAAAUUUUACAUUUCAGAUUUGUGGAAGGUUAGUUUUUCCCAGUAUACAAAUGUUGUUGUUUUUGGGGUACCUCAAAUGAUGCCACAGUUGGAGAAGAAGCUUGAAGAAGAACUUGAUCACAAUGCCAGAAUUGUUGCUUGCCGUUUUCCUUUCCCGCAUUGGAUGCCAGAUCAUACUACUGGAGAAGGAAUAGACAUGGUGUGGGCAUAUGACUCAAAAACUUUCAAAGGAAAUUCUAAACGAUACUCAGAAACUGUGCAAAGAUGUCCCUGUGGUGUCAAGCAAAAUUGCAGUGUAAUCUUAUGGGACAGCAAAGACAAGGCUGGUGAACAUGCAAAACUAAAGGUCCUCAGAGGAAUGCUUCCAGACAGCGAAGAGGAGCUGUCAGGGCACUCAGCACCCCCAUGAGAACCCAGCUGCCCCUGGCUCUUGGGUUGCCUUGCCUAGGACUGUUGAAUAGAAGUGUGGACUGUUGAUUUUGCGGUGAGACCAUGUUUUACAUUAUUAUGUAAUUCAAAAUAGUCUAUUUUUGCCACUUUUACCACUUUUUAAUUUCUCUUAUAUUACCCUUUCCUAGCAUGUGUCUUCCUUCCCCACUCUUUUCUCAUAUGGCUGAACCAUGAAAAAUCCAUGUGGAAGCAAAAAACGUCAUCUCUUCAAGUUCAUCACAUAAGCAACUCAAAUGAGAAAAAAAGACAAAAUUACAUAUCCUGGGUCAUUGCUCCAUACCCUGGUGUUGCCAUUUACACAUUGCUAAACAUUACUGCUGGCAUGUUGCAUUCCCUUAGCACUCAUUUUAUAGCGAUAUAAAUUGCUAUGUAAGGGACAAAAUGGAGGAGAAGCACGCCUGCUGUAUCUUUGACUACUGAAGAAGUUUCUUCAUCAAAGGAGUUAUUAAAUCUUAUGUAAGGUUAGACCGACCAAUAUCAUAGUUCAAUGAGAGAUUCACUGUCCCUUAAAUAUUUGAUGCUGUGAGAGUUAAAUGCUCCCUCAGCACAAAAUAAUUGAAAUCAGAGCACGUUGUCACCCUCAAGUCAUCUAUCCCAUCUACAGUAUCAGAUGGAGAAACCUUAUUAAAAUAAUUCAGAGUCCCUGGAUGGCAAAUUCAGAGAGUCAUUGAGGAGAGUAAUUAGGAAAUUGUCUCAAAUAUACAAUUUGCUCUCUGUGUCUGAAGUGUAUUGAAGAAAUAAUUGAAGAUAUUAUUGCAAAUCAAGUUUAAUAGUCCCAAAAAUGGGUUGCAGAGUAGUUCCUUUCUCUAGUGAUAAGACUGAAGAAUUAAGACAUCUCAUUACAGCACGAGCAUCAUGAUAUUUUAAAAGGUACUGUUUCGCUAUCUCAGUGUUUUUCUCUUGUGCAGAAUGCCAUUUUGCUGCAAGGUGUCACCUAGCACAGGUGUGCCAAGGAGAGCAAUGAUAGUGAUGGUGAAUUACAGUCCUAACAAAGGGGAAAAAAAGUAGUCCAGUAGCAUCUUAGAGACUAAUAAAAAAUAAA